AUGUCUCCAGAAAAUAACACAAAACAAAGCAACAGGAGUGUUAAUAGUACCCAUCUGGACAAUGCAACCCUGGUUCACAGGGAUACUGAACCUGCUCAUGGACAAACCGCUCAUUCUGCCUCAAUCAAACUCACUGUUGACACAGCCCCACAAUGGGGAUCUUCACCCGCUGCGACAUCAACUAUGUCUAAUGGCUUGCAAAGUCUCUGGCAAAGCUUCCAACAUAGAGGAAUUUCAAAUGACGCUACUGCCAUCAUCCUCCAGUCAUGGUCUGCUGGUACCCAGAAACAAUACCAACCGUACAUUGUGCUAUGCGUCACAUUGUGCUAUGCAUCUUGGUACACCUUCAUAACCAAGAUCUCGAAUACACAACAAUAAACACGACCAGAAGUGCAAUUUCAGCCAUUAUACUACCUCAAAGGACCACUACCAUAGGAAGCCAUCCGAUUAUUUCACGAUUCAUGAAAGGCAUCUACUGGUCCAAACCUCCAAGGUCAAAGUAUCAAACUACUUGGGAUGUACAACCAGUACUAACAUACUUAUCUUCUCUUGGAACUGCUAACAACCUGGAUCUUAAGACCCUUUCAUUGAAAUUGCUUAUGUUGGUUGCUCUGGUUUCUGCCCAAAGAGGGCAAAGCCUACACAUGCUUGAUAUAACACUUAUGAAACAGAAUGAAUCCUCAUUUGAGUUUUUGUUACCAGAACAUGUGAAGCAAAGUCGACCAGGGUACACACCACCUUCAAUUGUUCUGCAUGCUUUUCCUGCUGAUGAAACAUUGUGUGUUUUUAAUCAUGUGAACAUACAUAAAUGA